ACGACCCACUAACCAAAAAUGGAGAGUCAAAAACUAAGAUCACCAAUUUUGCUAUUGUUCCUCCUCGUGAUUACCUGUGACGGGAUGCGAAUCCAAGCUGAAAGAAAGCCAUGCAGGAAGCUGGUGCUUCACUUUCACGAUAUACUCUACAAUGGCAGGAACGCAGCGAAUGCAACUUCAGCCAUCGUGGGUUCUCCUGCAUGGGGAAACAAGAUCAAGUUAUCGGGACAGAAUCAUUUCGGAGACAUGGUGGUGUUCGACGAUCCCAUUACGCUGAACGAUAACUUGAACUCGACGCCAGUGGGUAGAGCUCAGGGGUUCUACUUUUACGAUAAGAAGGAGAUAUUCACGGCUUGGUUGGGCUUCUCUUUUGUGUUCAACUCGAGUCGUCUCAGGGGAAGCAUCAACUUCGCCGGCGCCGACCCUUUGAUGAACAGGACCAGAGAUAUCUCCAUUGUCGGCGGCACCGGUGACUUCUUCAUGGCCAGAGGCAUUGCUACUCUGAUCACUGAUGCUUUUGAGGGUGAAGUGUAUUUCCGACUUCGCGUCCAUAUCCACUUGCACGAAUGUUGGUGAUUCCUUUGCUUUAUAUCCGCUUUGACUCGUCUGUUUGC